UGGGAACUUCGAGAUGACCCAAUUUAACUAUUCAAUGAAUUAGUUAAAUGAUUUUGUUGACCUAUAAAAUGUCGCUGAAACUUUAAUAUAUUUUAUAAAUUGUUAGAAACGAAGGGAAAAAAAAAAAAAAUUAAAGCAUUAGAAGAUAUGGAUGAAGAUAGAUUUUUAGGGUGUUGUUUUUGACAUUUUACACAGUCUGUUUUUAUUUUUUUACUUUUAGAAUGAGCUCACACAAAGUGUGAGACAAUAGAAAGAAGAAGUGGCUAGAAGGGCGUAGAAAGAGGAGGAGGAUUGAGAUUAGCAUGGUUAGGAGUCAAGGAAGCUGCGUUGCGAUCCGCGCACUCUCUCCUUCAUCUUCCAUUCCUCGCUGCGCGGGUCACGAUCAUGCCUCUUCAGUGAAACCGAAAUUCACUGGAAGCAGCAACAGCAAGGGGUAACUGGUAAAUCACGUAGCUGUUAUGAAAUGCUUUGGUGUUGAUCUUGUGCCUGCAGAUGAUGCAACUUGUGGUACGCCAACAUGGAUCGGUAAAGGCCUCACUUGCGUUUGUUUCAAGAGAAAGGGACAUUACGAAAGAAUCUGCAUUAACCUGACGCCUCAACAGGCAAGCCACUUCUAUAUUACAAGCAAUCUGCAAUGGCAUUUUUCUCAUUUUGAAGAAAGAUUGAAAAGGUUAAAGCAUAGAAUGAAGGUUUACUUUGAUGCAUCUAGACCAGACCACCAGGAAGCACUGAGAGCUCUAUGGUAUGCUACUUACCCUAAUCGGGAACUUCAUGGCUUGAUAUCUGAUCAAUGGAAAGAAAUGGGAUGGCAGGGAAGAGAUCCAUCAACCGAUUUCAGAGGAGCUGGAUUCAUUUCCUUGGAGAACCUGUUGUUCUUUGCAAAAACAUUUUCGAUAUCUUUUCAGCGUCUACUGAAAAAACAGGGAGGAGAACGAGCUGCUUGGGAAUAUCCAUUUGCUGUUGCUGGUUUAAAUAUAACAUUUAUGAUCAUGCAAAUGCUCGACCUCGAUGCCUUAAAACCCAGGACUUUCGUCAGAUCAGUUUUCUUGCAAAUGUUGUCAGAAAAUGAGUGGGCUUUUGACUUGCUUUAUUGCGUGGCUUUCGUGGUUAUGGACAAGCAAUGGCUUGAGAGAAAUGCUACUUACAUGGAGUUUAAUGAUGUUUUGAAGUCAACUCGGGUUCAAUUGGAGAGGGAACUUUUGAUGGAUGAUGUCUUACGGAUCGAAGACAUGCCAUCUUACAGCCUUCUUUCCUGAUGGUAACCAAACAAGGAGCCCCCAACAGGAGUGAUUAUACUGGCUCAAUCCAUUUGGUUUCUACCAAUAACCUUAAAAUUGUACAAACUCUUCCUCUCCCUCUCUCUCUCUCUCUCUCUCUCUCUCUCUCUCUCUCCCUACGCCCCUCUCCACCUUCUAUUCAGUACAUGGCGGCUCCCAUUUGGUUGAUUCUACCACUCCAACGGACCCUACCCCUAUAAUUGGCUCAUCGUUUGCUAGAUGGAGUGCAACAGAGUUUUUAACGUUCUUGAGCAAUUUAGUGUGUAUGAUUCGGCAUUGCAAGUUUUUAUUUAUUUAUUUUUUUUUAUUUUUUUUCCAAAAGGGUUGCGGAAAGGAAAGUUUGUUUUCACUGGCUCUUCCUUAUAUUAAUUAUUCCAUGUAAAAUGAAAUUUGGAUGUGAAUAAAUUCUCUACUAUGAUUUUUCA